AUGAGCGAAACGACGGCCGAAGAGGAGUUACCGCAGAGUUUGGUCACCGAUUGUGAGACAUCUCUGGUCGACGGCGAGGGGAAGAACUCAUUGAGUUUGUCGUGUCUUCACUGCGAUUGUCUUCUCCUCAGACCUAAUAUCGCAUUGUUUAAGUCAUUGCCGGAGAUGUUAUUACGAAGGGAUGGCGAGAGGAGUGAAGUGGAAGUGUUGUCCGACUUCUGGAUGGUUACCGAUAUGUUUCAGUUCGAGAACAUGGCCUUCAGUAAGAACGUGGAGGACGUCAAGUACUUGGCCUGCGCUGAGUGUGACAUCGGACCCAUCGGUUGGCACAACCUCUGCGACCAGAAGUGUUACGUCGCUCUCAACCGAAUCAAACAUCACUGAACACCACAUCCGCACCAUUUGGACACUUAUUUUGAUCCGAUUUAUAGUUAAUAUAUUUGACAAAAACAGUACUUAUCUUAAGAUUUAAAUUCAUAACUAUUAUCGAUAUAAUUAUAUCAUAUAUUAAUAUAU